AUGAAGCGCAUAUCCUUCCUCCGCGCCAGACCUCUCCAGCUCUCGCCACCAGUCUCGGCAACUUCCAUUCCUCAUCGCGAACUUGUGGAUGAGGAGAUCAGCCCCGGCUACAAUCCCAAGCACUAUUACCCCGCGAAACCGGGAGAAGUUCUUGCCAAUCAUUAUCAAUUGUUGGUUAAGAUUGGAUGGGGAGCGGGUUCAACCACUGAGCGCCUUGUGGCUCUGAAAAUCAUCAAUAACGACAAUCCUAAAGGCGCUCACCAUGAGCGUGAUAUUGAAGAACACAUUGGACAGCAAAACCCUUCACACCGCGGUCGUCCGGUCAUCCGCAAUUGCCUUGACAGCUUUGAAGUGACAGGUCCCAUAGGAAAUCAUCUAUGCCUAGCCUACGAGCCUGCACGGGAGCCCCUUUGGAUUCUCCAGAGACGGUUUGAGAGCGAGAGAUUCCCUCUGUCAAUGGCUAAAGGUGAAAAGAUCCUCCCAAAAUUUGUCAAAGAACAGGCGGCCCGGUCUAUGCAAUGCAAAACCGAUCCAAACACCGGCCGAGUUGUCUAUCGCUGUCACAACGACUUCGGACCUCUUGAACCGAGUGGACUAGGCAAUAUGUAUCCCCAAAUAACCGAUUUUGGCGCGGCGACUCUACUCGACAACGACAGGCAUGAUGGCACUGUUCAACUUGGUACCCGUCCCAUACAACCCGACUAUUAUCGUGCGCCGGAAGUUGUUCUUGGUUGCGGUUGGAGCUUUAGUGCGGAUAUAUGGAAUUUGGGAGUCAUGGUGUGGAAUAUAAUUGAAGGUACAGAGUUAUUUACUCAGGUGCAAGAUGCUGAAGGGAAUUAUGAUCCAAAAGCACAUCUCGCGGAGAUGAUAGCACUGCUAGGCCCACCGCCGAAAAAAUUGCUUGUCAUGUCGGAUUCCAUGGCACAGGUUGAGUGGUCUCCAGCCAUCACAGACGAGAGGGGCAAGAUAUACAAGAAUAAUAGGGAGUAUUUUGGUGGGCCAUUUUUCGAUGACGACGGCAAAUUCCUCUACGAUGACCUGAUACCGACUCGGAAACUCGAAGAUUCAGUUCCAUCUUUAGAAACAGGCGACAAGGAAGCCUGUUUGUCUUUUAUCAAACAAAUGCUUGCAUGGCUGCCCGAGGAGCGAAAGACGGCUCAGAAGUUGAUGGAGCAUCCGUUCCUCAACGACUGA